GUGGCACCGGCUAUAUAAAGGUGGUCUGUCCGUUCUGAGCCACACGAGUCAUCAUGAAGAUCCCAUACGUCUUGCUGUUCCUUGUGGGCGUGGCUGUGGUCAACGCAUUGCCCAAUCCACUUUUCGGGGGCUUAAUUAAAUCGCUUAGCAAACAAAAACAAAAUUUUGAGGACAAAUUUGAAAAUCUUAAAGAGAAUGUGGGUGAAAAAUUUGAAAAUCUCAAAGAGAACGUGGGUGAAAAAUUUGAAAAUCUCAAAGAGAAUGUUGGUGAAAAACUUGAAAAUAUCAAAGAGAAGGCUGGAGAAAAAUUUGAAAAUCUCAAAGACAAUGUUGGAGAAAAAUUUGAAAAUCUCAAAGACAAUGUUGGAGACAAAUUAGAAGCAGUUAAAGAAAAAGCUGGAGAAAUCAAAAAGAAACUAGUGGAUGUCGGCGAAGAUCUGAAAGACGAGCUCACGGAAGACAAAAAAAUAAAGAUAUCCAUCUCGAAAGACGAAGGAUUGACUUUAGAAAAAGAAGGAUACAAGUCUGAUUACGAUCGUAAUGAAUAUGAAGAACGCAGAUCUGAACACCAGGAGGAUAACGACAGCGACGGCUCAUACAGCAAAGGUUCCGAAUACGAAAAAUACGGUGAAGAGGAAAAGUAUGAAGAACGUAGGACCCACGACAAGUUCUCCAUUGGCAAGGACGGUAUUAGUGCCGAGCGAACGAAAUCAAAGAGAGGUGAAAGAAAAGAAGUCGAAGGCGAAUAUGAGAAAGACUACGAAAGGAAAGAGAACAACGGGGGAUCCUCCGAAUAUUCAGAGAGAGAAAGAGAGAGUUUGGAAAAAUCAAAAGAAAGGUACGGCGAGCAGUCGUCUAAGUCCUUCUCGUUGGGUAAAUCCGGCUUGAAGAAGCAGGAUAAUUCAAAAUCGUAUUCCGACAAGGAAGAGUCGAAACUGGAAAAGGAAAAGAAAUAUGAAAAGAAAACAAAAAUCAACAAUGAAAGGCAGUUAGAUGAAGAUGAGAACGAAAGGAGAACUGUUGUAGGCCGAGAUGAGCAAAGGCAAGAUGACCAAAGCCAAUAUGACCAAAGCCGAGACGACCAAAGCCGAGAUGACCAAAGCCAAGAUGAGGAAACUGGCAGCGACGAUAGUGACAAAAAUAGAGGAAAGGAUACUGACGAUAAAUACUCCGAGACAGGAACCAAUAAAUCAUCAGAAACGAAGACAGGCAAGCGUGAUGGCUCGAAGAGCGGCGUCACAGUCGAAAGGGAAAAAUCCGAAUCCAACAAGAAAAGUCGUGAAUUUGAAAAUAAAGAAGCUGAAUCUUCGACCUAUAGGGAUAAGAAUCGGUCAGUGAACAGUGGCUCGGAACGCAAGAGUUCCGGUAAAGACGAGGAGUACAGUGAACAGAACUCCAGUAAUAAAUCCUUUAACGACGGCGAUGCAUCGGCUGACUACCAAACCAAAUCUAAGAAGGUUGAAAAGAAUUCUGCCAGAGAUAAAAAGGAAAAGGAAAAAACUGACACAAGAAAUUCUGACGGAACGUACAAUACUUCUGAGCGCGAAAAAGAACAAUCUUCUAGAGUGAAUCAAAGUAAGGGCAGCAACUCUCGGGAUUCCUCGGAGUCAGACAAAUCUGGCCGAAAAGUGAAUAAAGAAACAGAAACGUACUCUGACAAAGACGCGCAGACUUCAGAAAGUGAACGUACUCAAAGUAAAGAAAAAAAAAAUACAGCGCCCAAGAAUAAGGGCAAAAAGGGAACCUCUACAGAAACAGAUGGAGUCACUAAGAAUGCUAGUAAGCAGAAGGAGAAGGUGCCUAAAGAUGGAAGUAAAAGCUCCACGAAUGAUAGCGAAGGCAAACAAAAAAACAAAGACCAAUCAAAGGGACAGAAAAAUAAUCAAGACGGACAAGACUCUUCGACGAACGAAAAUUCCAAAAAGACAGAUGAUAAUGUUGCAAAGAAAGAAGAACCCAAUAAUCAAAAGAGAGAACAAAAAGGAAAGACAAGAUGUGGCUCUAGGAAAACUGAGAGUUCCAAAGCGAAAGAAGAUAGAAGCAAGAAAAGCACUACCGAUAAGGACCAGCGCGACGACAAAAAAGAUUCCUCCAGCAAAAACAUAGACAAGCCUAAAGAUGGGUCAUCAUCGGAUAAAGACUCAGAGAAGGCUAAGCCUAACGACAGAUCACCAUCGCAUAAAGACACAGAGAAGGUAAAGCCUAACGACAGAUCACCAUUGGAUAAAGACACAGAGAAGGCUAAGCCUAACGACAGAUCACCAUCGCAUAAAGACACAGAGAAGGUAAAGCCUAACGACAGAUCACCAUCGCAUAAAGACACAGAGAAGGCUAAGCCUAACGACAGAUCACCAUCGCAUAAAGACACAGAGAAGGUAAAGCCUAACGACAGAUCACCAUCGCAUAAAGACACAGAGAAGGCUAAGCCUAACGACAGAUCACCAUCGGAUAAAGACACAGAGAAGGCUAAGCCUAACGACAGAUCACCAUCGGAUAAAGACACAGAGAAGGCUAAGCCUAACGACAGAUCACCAUCGGAUAAAGACACAGAUAAGACAUUCGACAAAAACAUAGACAAUAAAAGGCCCAAGGACGGUUCAUCAUCGGAUAAGAACGUAGAGCAGGAAAGGGAGAACUACAAAUCCGAAUCUAGCCGAAAUGAAUUUGAAAACCAAAAAUCUGCACAUUCGAGAUAUGAGGAUAACGGUGGUUUGAAAGAAAAAAGCUCGCAAUCUAAGAAUUACGGAAGAGACGAGAAGUACAGUGAAGAGAAGGAGAGGAGUUCCACUGGGAAGUUUGGAUCGAAUGACUCCCGAGCACGUUCUACAAAAGCCGAAGAGGAACAUGUCAGGAAGUCACAAGAAGAAACACAUUCAGAGCAACGAGAAAAAACAAGAUCUGACGGAGUGACUAAGUACAACGAUGGUGAUGAGCAUUUCGAUUCAGACGACACAGAGAAGACUAAGCCUAAUGGCAGAUCACCAUCGCAUAAAGACACAGAGAAGGCUAAGCCUAACGACAGAUCAUCCUCGGAUAAAGACACAGAGAAGACAUUCGACAAAAACAUAGAUAAUAAAAGGCCCAAGGACGGUUCAUCAUCGGAUAAGAACGUAGAGCAGGAAAGGGAGAACUACAAAUCCGAAUCUAGCCGAAAUGAAUUUGAAAACCAAAAAUCUGCACAUUCGAGAUAUGAGGAUAACGGUGGUUUGAAAGAAAAAAGCUCGCAAUCUAAGAAUUACGGAAGAGACGAGAAGUACAGUGAAGAGAAGGAGAGGAGUUCCACUGGGAAGUUUGGAUCGAAUGACUCCCGAGCACGUUCUACAAAAGCCGAAGAGGAACAUGUCAGGAAGUCACAAGAAGAAACACAUUCAGAGCAACGAGGAAGAACAAGAUCUGACGGAGCAACUACGUCCAACGAUAAUGAUAAGCAAUACGAUUCAGACGACAAGAACAACAGUAGCACCAAACAUAAGAAAACGGUCAUGAGAUCUGAGCAAUCAGAUUCGUCUCAAAAUGAAAAUUCUACCUCCGAAUCCAAAAAGUUCGAAAAAACUGAUGGCUACAACAAAUAUGAAGCGGAAUCAAGAUCGCAUCAACAACAAGAAGCGCGCAAACAGAGCAAUAGAGUAGUAGAGAAGAGCACUGAUGGGGACAAUGAGGAAUCCUACAGGAGCGAAAGCAGCAGCAGCAGCAGCAGCAGCAGUUCUAGUAGCAGUCGAAGCAGUUCCUCAAGCACCUACACCGGCUCCCAUGAUGAUAGCUCCGAGGAAUGACGAAUGGGAACAUCAACUUUAACAAACCUUGCAUUACCUUAUGGCUUUGUGUAGUUUUAAGUUUGUGAAUGCAUUUAAAAAUUGUGAUGGCCGUUCCUCGUUUGGUUGACUCAUUUUUAACAGUUUGUAGCUAGUUAAAAUAAGUCGCCGCGUGUAUCAUUGGCUAUCACACAAAAAAUAUAACUUUUUAAAUAAAAACCUAAGCAUACA